AUGGAUCACAGACUCUCCAGAGGCAGUUGUUGGGUGCCGGUGACUGGGCUGGUUGUAUGUCUGCUUCUGUGUGCGUGUGUAGUGGACCUGGUUCUCGCGCAAAUUCGCUACUCCAUCCCAGAAGAGCUGGAGCAUGGAGCUUUCGUGGGCAACAUCGCCGAAGACCUGGGCUUGGAUGUGGCCAAGCUGUCAGCGCGUCGCUUUCGCAUAGUCUCCGGCGCAAAGAGGCAGUAUCUAGAAGUGAACUUGGAGAAUGGCAUUCUGUUCGUCAACGAGAAGAUGGACAGAGAGGAGCUGUGUGAACGAAGCCCGAGCUGUUUUCUACACUUACAAGUGGUCAUUGAAAACCCACUAGAACUGUACAGAGUGGAAGUGGAGAUUCUAGAUGUGAAUGACAACUCCCCCAGUUUCCCAUGGAGCGAGUUUUAAUUGGACAUCACAGAGUCGGCUGCGCCCGGCUCCUGUUUCCCGUUAGAGAGCGCACAGGACCAGGACGUUGGCACCAACUCUCUGCGCUCCUAUCAGCUGAGCGCAAACGAGCACUUCGUCCUGAACAUCCAGACGCGCAACGAUGGAAGCAAGUUUGCCGAGCUCGUUCUGGACACCCCGUUGGACCGGGAACAGCAGAAAAAGCACGAGAUGGUUCUGACCGCCUUUGACGGGGGGUCACCGGAACGCUCGGGGACGGUGAUAACCAUCACGGUGUUGGACGCGAACGAUAACGUGCCCGUGUUCGACCGCUCGGUUUACCGGGCGGGUCUGGUGGAGAACGCGCCGAGAGGGACUCUGGUGCUGAAGCUGAGCACGGACCUGGACGAGGGCUCCAACGGAGAGGUGACCUACGCGUUCAGCGGGCACGCACCACUCAAGGUGCGCGAACUGUUCAGCGUGGACCCGUAUACGGGGGAAAUCCGAGUAAAGGGCAUUGUGGACUAUGAGAAAUCCAGCGUGUACGAGCUGUACGUGCAAGCAAAAGACAGGGGACCCUCUGCUGUGGCUGUGCACAGCAAAGUCCUAGUAGACAUUAUGGAUGUGAAUGACAACGCGCCAGAAGUCAUCCUCACAUCUGUAUCCACACCUGUCCAGGAAGACGCGCCACCAGGCACGGUGAUAGCUGUAAUCAGCGUUAUGGACCGGGACUCGGGUGAGAACGGAAACGUCGACUGCCAAAUUCCCAGCAACGUGCCCUUUCAGCUCCACUCGUCUUUUAAGAACUAUUACACUCUGGUGACGAGCGAGUUUCUGGACAGAGAAGCGGUGUCCGAGUACAACAUCACCCUCACAGGCCCGAGACUUGGUUCCCCUUCUUCGCUCUCCACCAGGAAAACCAUCCUGGUUCAAGUGUCUGACAUUAACGACAACCCACCGCGCUUCUCUCAACCUUCAUACACAGUGUAUGUGACCGAGACUAACGCUCCGGGCGCUUCCAUUUGCUCCGUCACCGCAUUCGACCCGGAUUCCAACCAGAACGCGUAUCUGUCUUAUUCUAUCCUCGAGGGUCAGAUUCAGGGCAUGCCAGUGUCCACUUAUGUCUCAGUCAACUCGGACAACGGCAACAUCUACGCACUACGCUCCUUUGAUUACGAGCAACUUAGGAACUUUCAGAUCCUGGUUCAGGCGCAGGACGCUGGUUUCCCCCCUCUCGCCAGUAACAUCACAGUAAACGUCUUUGUCUUGGACCAGAACGACAAUGCACCUGUUAUUGUGUCCCCGCUGCCCAAAAACGGCAGCGUGGCCACAGAGGUGGUUCCGCGGUCAGUAGACGCUGGGUAUCUGGUUACCAAAAUAACAGCGCUGGACGCGGACGCGGGACAAAACUCCCGGUUGUCCUAUCAGGUGUUGCAGGCUACAGACCCGGGCUUGUUCAGCGUGGCUCUGUAUACUGAAAUCAGGACUAUUCGCAGGCUGGUGGAGAAAGACGCAACAAGGCAAAGGCUGGUGAUAUUAGUGAAGGACAACGAGCCUCCGCUCUCCGCCACUGUCUCCAUUGUCCUCACCAGUGUGGACAGCGUGCCUGAUUCGUUGUCAGAUUUCGGAGACCUCACACAGCCACAGCCACCCUCCAACCUCGCUCUCUACUUGAUCGUGUCCCUGAGCACCAUAUCUGUAAUAUUCCUCGUGGCUAUUAUUGUGCUGGCGGUCAAGUGCUACAAGGACAGGGAGACCAUCAGCGGGUAUAAUCUGCCCCCGUUCGCCUGCUGCUGCUGCGGGGGCUUUCAGGCAGAUCCGCCUCCGGAGGUGUUCAAGAAAUCAAACCUCAACCUGCAGAUUUCACCCGCGGCAUCCAAAGUGCCCACGAACUGCAUGGAGGUGAAUGGAAACAGCAGCCUGUCUCAGUCGUACUGUUAUAAAGUCUGCCUGACGCCCGAAUCGGCCAGUGACUUUAUGUUCCUGAAGCCGUGCAGCCCCAGCACGCCGCGCAACAACGAGGCGAAGAGCGCGGACAACUCGUGGAACGCGCAAAGCAGCCGGAGCGCAUCUGUGAACAACGGAGCAACUACUCCCAAUGAGUUAAAGCAGCCAAACACAGACUGGACUCUCACAAAGAACCAGAACUCCUCCAUUAAAAGUUAUAACUCUAUCAACAUGGAUGGCACCCUCAUGCGUAAGGCCAUGCACGCCGACCCAGAAAACUAUGUAACCUCCAUGGCGCCUGGACAGUACUGGACCUGGGGUACCCACAUGAGAGGGGUGAAAGACUAUAAGAUGUCUCCUUCAACCAGUGGGGUGCCCUCUCGGCCCUGGACUCCUCGGUGCACACCUCCUCCCCAACAGCAGCAGCCAUCAAUCCCAGCCCACCCUCACCCUCACCCUCACCCUCACCCACACCCACACCCACCACCUGACUACCACCAUAAUGUGUACAUCCCUGGGACACCAUCAGGCUUUUGCACCCUGAGGCCCGUAGUACAGCGCAGCGAGCUGGACGUCCACAAUUCCUUCUCCACCUUUGGCAAGAAGAGACGUCUUCAGAUGUCCCCCCAGGGAGAGGCUGCCAUUAUAAAUAAUGACCUGUACAAUGACUGACUUUUCAAUGACUGUCUGAAUGGAUGAGUGAAGUGACGGAUAAACCUCAUAUGAAAACAGAGGAAGAGACCAUUCAGUACAUAAAUUAAUGAGCGUAUGAUUUAUGAGUGGGAUGAAAAAUACAGAGGAUGCGAGAAGAAUUGAUUUUGGCUCAAAUGUUGAAGGGAAAUGAAGUCUGAUGGCUAUUUAUGUGACAUGCCACUGCAACAUAGUCAACGUAUGUGUCUGCCUAUUAUUAUUAUUAUUAUUAUUAUUAUUAUUAUUAUUAUUAUUAUUAUUAUUAUUAUUAUCAGUAUUAUUUAGACAAUCAAACAUGGGCAGCAAUUACAUCCAAAAUGUUUUGAAAAAGCAUUAGUGGACAAUAAUUUUGCACAUCCUUAUGGAUUUAUAUUUUUGGUUUUAUGAUGAGAAAAACAUGUUUUCUUUCUGUAUGUUUUUUUUGCUAACAGAGCUUGUGUGAAUAUGACAAAUAGUAUGAUAAUGUAUAUGCAAAACUGUAAAGAGGGGGAUUUUCCCCACACAUGUACUGUAUACA